AGAGAGAGAGAGCGAAAGAGAGAGAUCUGCCGCGAAAGGGGCACGAGGUCCCGCUAUCGAUAAAUGAUCACCACUAAUCGAUGCCGACAGCGGGAGCGAACCGCGUGUACAAGAAUGAGAGAGGAGGAGGAAGAUGAGAACAGGACGAAGAGCAGGGGGAGGAGGCUUUCUGGAAAGAGCCGCAUCUCGGGCCCCACGCGCUCCGGGCGCGCGCUCCCACCCCCGUCCUCCCCAUCCCGUUUAUAGCGACUUGCAGAGACGCGGCGGAUGCUGCGCGUGCGGCUCCAGCAUCGAUCCGCUCUCCGAUCCGAUCGCUUCCGCUCGGUCCAUCAUAGCGCUCGGCUUCUCCGGACCGCUGUCCCGAUUCGGAGCUGCGCGGGAACGCGCUCGGCUCGCGGAACCGCUCGUGUCGCGGGUCUGCUCGGCGGGGAGCCGCACCGCGGAGCCCAUGGACGGGGGGGGCGCGCUGGAGAAGCCGGAGGACGGCGGCUCGGGGUGCGAGCUGGACCCGGUCACGGGCAGCAUCCCCGCCACCAAGGUGGAAAUCACCGUGUCCUGCAGGAACCUCUUAGAUAAAGACACUUUCUCAAAGUCCGACCCAAUCUGCAUCCUCUACACCCAGGAAGUGGAGACGAAGCAGUGGAAAGAGUUUGGGAGGACGGAAGUAAUUGACAACACCUUGAACCCAGAUUUUGUCCAAAAGUACAUCCUCGACUAUUUCUUUGAGGAGAAGCAGAACCUACGCUUUGACUUAUAUGAUGUUGACUCCAAAAGUCCAGAUCUGUCAAAACACCCCUCCGAAGUUCACGACUUCCUGGGUCAGAUAUACUGCACCCUGGGGGAGAUCGUUGGGUCUUCUGGCAGCCGUCUGGAGAAGCCUCUGGGAGGGAUCCCUGGGAAAAAGUGUGGCACCAUCAUUCUCACGGCAGAGGAGCUGGACAACUGCAGGGACUGUGCUACAAUGCAAUUCUGCGCCAACAAGCUGGACAAGAAGGACUUCUUCGGCAAGUCGGACCCCUUCAUGGUCUUCUACAGAAGCAACGAGGAUGGGACGUUCACCAUCUGCCACAAGACAGAAGUGGUGAAGAACACGCUGAACCCUGUAUGGCAGCCCUUCUCCAUCCCUGUCCGAGCCCUGUGCAAUGGUGACUAUGAUAGGUCCAUCAAGGUGGAAGUGUAUGACUGGGACCGGGAUGGAAGUCAUGACUUCAUUGGCGAAUUCACCACCAGCUAUCGAGAGCUGGCCCGAGGCCAGAGCCAGUUCACUGUGUACGAGGUGGUGAAUCCCAAAAAGAAGUUAAAGAAAAGGAAAUACAUAAAUUCCGGAACAGUGACCCUGCUGUCGUUCUCAGUGGAGUCAGAAUACACCUUUCUGGACUACAUCAAGGGAGGGACACAAAUCCAUUUCACCGUGGCAAUUGACUUUACCGCUUCCAACGGAAAUCCCUCCCAGUCCACGUCGCUGCACUACAUGAACCCGUACCAGAUGAAUGCCUACGCGAUGGCCCUCAAGGCCGUGGGCGAGAUCAUCCAGGACUACGACAGCGACAAGAUGUUUCCAGCGUUGGGUUUCGGAGCCAAGCUGCCCCCAGAUGGACGGGUGUCCCAUGAGUUUCCCCUGAAUGGCAAUGUUGAUAACCCUUACUGCAAUGGCAUGGAGGGAAUUCUGGAGGCCUAUCAUCAGAGUCUGAAGACGGUUCAGCUUUACGGACCCACCAACUUCGCUCCAGUCGUCAACCACGUGGCCAGGUAUGCGGAGGCCGUGCAGGACGGCUCGCAGUACUUCGUCCUUCUCAUCAUCACGGACGGCGUCAUAUCGGACAUGGCCCAGACCAAGGAGGCCAUCGUGAACGCCGCUAAGCUGCCCAUGUCCAUCAUCAUUGUUGGGGUGGGACAGGCGGAGUUUGACGCCAUGGUGGAGCUGGACGGGGAUGAAAUCAGGAUUUCUUCACGAGGGAAACUGGCGGAGCGGGACAUCGUCCAGUUUGUGCCCUUUCGGGACUAUAUGGACCGCACAGGAAACCACGUGCUCAGCAUGGCUCGGUUGGCCAAAGACGUGUUGGCUGAGAUCCCGGAGCAGUUCAUCUCCUACAUGAAGUCCCGGGCCAUCAAGCCCAACCAGGACCCGCAACCCUGCAAGUCCAAGGAUCCUGCCCUGCACACUCAGAUCUGAGCAGCCGCCAUCAAUGUGGGAACCUCAAACCUGGGGAAGCACUCAAGUGAUGGAACUCGGAGACUUUCCAAGAAGCCAUUUGGGACUUUUGUUGUUCCUUUCUGAACUGGAAGAACAGACUGAUUAUCUGAGAAAUCGGGCAUUUGGAGACACACGUGAGGUGAGGUGAGGUGAGGUAAGGUGAGGUGAGGUGAAGUGACGGCCAGGAGAAGAGCAGAGCUGCCCAGUGGUGUGAAGUGGCUCUCAGCACCCGGUGAUCCAGUUGUCCUGGAACAAGCACCUUUGUGUGGCUUCUAGAUGCUUCUUGGAACAGUGUCUUUCUGGCCAGAGAUUUUUACCUGAGUAUUUGUAGCAUUCUGAAGCUGUUUGAUGUAUGGAAAUGACGUAGAAUCCUCAGUAACCAUUUCUGUUGUUUUUGAGCUUGUCAGUGACAUUUCCGUUUCUUGCAUGGAAUAAUGGAGCAGGGCUGGGCCUCCUUCUUUGCCCUGUGGGGUGGUUGUGUUGCCAAUGGGGCCCUCCCUGGUGCCCCUUUCACCGUGUUGUGAUUUGUAUUGAUGAGCAGAAGUCAUGAUGGCAAAUCGAGAAGCACAAAUUUACACGAGGAUCAGAAAUAUCGCAGGACAUCAACCGUGUCAGCAUGGAUUACAGCAGCCACUACUGUAACCUUAUUCAUUAUUAAUUUCCAUUGAUCAUUUCGAUCUAACUGAAAACCUGCACUAAUAUUAGCGCAGAGUUAGAGUGACCCUCAAUCAUUCUAGCUUCAUUCAGCUUCCAACCAUUACAUAAAUUGGGUUCUCCAGCUUUCGUCGGUCAUGUUUUAGAUAUCAUCACCAGGUCAGCAGGUUAUUUCAGACAUCAUCAGCAGGUCAGAGGGACAAUCUGGAAGAAGUGCCUCUUUUUUUCAAAUGACUACAGUUGUUCUUUCACUCUCUUUUGGACUUGAUGCUGGUUUUCUCAGUGCUUUUCUCAUCUACAUCCCAAAACCAGCUUUCCUGACCAGCAUUUCAGGGGUUGACUAUGAGCUCAUUUGGUAGCUAAUGGACUGUAUGGAGUGAGCAGAUCAAUAAAUGAAGCACAGCACAGACGCCACCACAGUUACACUGGAUUCUCUGCACAGAGAUGAUUUUACUGAACUGAACAAUUUUUAGUUGAUUCAAAGUACACCUUGAACACCAUCAAACUCUCCUGUUAUUAUUAGAGGCUGCUGCACAUUUGGCCUUGAAAUUACCUUAAAACAGGUGAGCAUUUUAUUCCCAAGAGCACACAAAUCUCAUGGGGAUGCUUACCUGAGGCUCGAAGUUGGGUGUAAUGAAACACCAACUACCCCUUUUUUUCCAUUAUUGUGACUCUUUAGCUGAUUUAAUCCACCGUGACUUAAAAUAAAUCUUUUUACACAGCUGUAGUGGCUCCUCAAUUUACGGACACAACUUGGAUGGAAAGACUGUAACUUGUUUUGUUUCUAACUCCAAAGUCACUUUCUGCCACUGAGUUGCAAGUAAUGAAAUACUUUAAUACCUUUAUUUUAAUACUUUUAUUAAAUUCAGCCUAAAUGAAAACUAAAAGUGAUCAAAACUAACUGAAAAUUGAAAUUUCGUCUCCACAAACUCCUAUUCAGUGCCGACUGUUGACCAGUUCAUCCCUCAUCUUGUUAUUGAUCAUCUACAUGAGCCACUAGUUGUAAACACGGUGGAAGCAAGAUGAAUUAAGGCAGAUUCAUUUUCCUGUUCUGUUUUCGUACUCUAAUAUUUAAAAAUCAUUAUGUGCAAAUUAUCUGUAAUUCACAUAUUUAUAAUGCAAGGAGUCUGUGUAUAUUUUACUUGUGUUUCAUCUCACAUCUUGCAUGCAGAGCAAACUUUCAACUAGAAAUCAUUAGGAAAAACAGGUUAUCUUUGUUUCAUCAUCCGUGAUUUGCCAAUUGACCCAUCUACUAAACCAGUAGGGAAAGGGCAGCUUUGCAAAACAGGAGAAGUCAGGACACUGCAGGGUUGGAGCAUCAUUACCAGCAUGUAUCUGUGUGUCCACCUGGACCUUAUAAAACUGGGUACAAUCUGGCCAGCACAUGGACCCAGCCUUCUGCAUGGUUAGACUUGGUUUCUGAUUUCACUUCAUCUGAAUUCCAUCAACUGUGAAUUUCAUCAGAAAUGAAUGUUAUUAAGUGUUAAACUCUCUAAGUGUUUUUUUCUUUGAGAAUCAUGACAGGUGUCCACAAGGCAGUUGGCGACUAUGAGAGUCGACUAACUGAAGUGGCUUGAGUAUGAUGAGCUCCCUUUGGUGUUGACCGAUCCCCCAGCUCCGGUCAGCACGGAUCUGCGUUGUCACAAGAAUUUACACCUGAGCCUUGUUCACUACUGUUCCUGAACAGGCUAAGAAAGGACCUCUUUUUUCUGCAUCCUUCGUACAAAAAAAUCUGGAUCACUUCCUGUAUAUUUCAGGGAUUGUUUUUGUUGUGGCUUAAUGUUCAUCAUUCAGGACCUGUAAAACUGAUCCCACUAAAAACACAAACAGUUCUCUCCAGUUGGAUUUCCCUCACUGAGGAGAGCAGCUCAUUUCCUGAAGGACGCACACGGCCGUACACUCAUCCUUAGGUACUUGUACACUUGGUAAUUCAUUGAACGAUACACUGGUUGUAUGGCCGGUUGAUCAGUCCAUCAUAAAUACAGCAUGUUUGGUUCUUCAACCUCUAGUCACCUUCUACUCUCAGGGCCCAUGUUUUCAUCCAUCCGUCUUUUCACCAUGAUGUUAAAUUUAUGCUGUUGCCUGAAAACAGCUUAUUUCUUUGGUCACUAAAAGCAUCGUACAUUUGUAAAGCUGGAGGUUUAUUACUGAAUGACUGCACAAAAACCCAGUAAUGAGAGCAUCAACAAUUCACCUCAUUUCUGUACAUUUCUCUACAGACCCUACUUGCAUCAUGCUUCCUCCAAACCAUUAAUAUUGUGAAAAAACCAUAGACCAGUUCAGAAUUCCAGCUCUGUGACUACAGUUUCACAUGAUUGCUUCAAUUGCAGUGGUGGUUCUUAGGUUCAGUCCCUCUUGUGUGUGAGCUGGAUACUUUGAGCUGUGCCUGACAGUCUUUGACCAACCACGCCAGCAGUGUUCGGUUUUGCCACUUACUCUUUUGGGGGAACUCCAGUUGUUUUUUCUAUCCAUGCUAAGCUACGAUCAGGAUUUUUCUAUUCCUAGGAGAAGAAUGAAUGUAUUCUGGAUCAUCCUCUCAGAUAGCCUAGAGUAAUGGCGGAGGAGGCCAUUAGGAUACGGAUUGUCCCCCAAAGACCCCCGUGUGUCCAUCACGCGGUCCAAAGGGUAGCCUUGUUAUGCAUCCUAAAGAAUGGGGAAUAUUGACAGAAUGCGUGUAAAUAGGCGUGUGAACCAACGGUGUCAACUCCAAUUGUCACAUUAGUUCAGCAUCAGGAUCAGCAACUCAAAGUGUCUAAUCAGUCAGCUAGGAGCAGGAGGGACAUGAUAGCUGUGUUCGGUCACAGUUUUCUGGUGGAAUAGAAUUGUGUGUUUGUCACACAUAUUAAUGCUGGUGGAACAGGCUGAAAGAUGGCAAGUAGGACUAUGUUGACAGAUGAGCCCUGACCUUCUUCCAUGUUGAACCUCACAGCAUGCUGAACAUCUUCUGGUUUUUGUAGGCUGAAAGAAGCAUGGAAACAACCAGGGAGAUUGUGAGGUAUUUGCUGCUUUGCACAAGUGUUUGCUCAUUUUUCAAAUCAUAAUACCCAGUAUCAAAGAGGCUAUUUUGCAAAUUUUGCUGAAUUUUAAAAACCUACUCAUGCAUUUCAAAAUGUACUGGUGGUGAAGAAUGAUAUCGAAAGCCAAUAGAUAUGAUUCACUCCAUAGAGGACAUGACCAUUUCUCCAUGACCCACAGGACCUUUUUUGUCUUCAUUUUUAUCAGUAAACUUUAGGCCAGCGGGGGACAAUGCGGGCAGAAGGGCCCUGCAGAUGUUCAGACAGAGGAAUAAAGUCUGACAUCUCUCUGGAUUCUUCUCAAAGACCCAGUGCAAACGUUUCCUCCAACAGACUACUCAGAUACUUGCAAGUAGGAGGGAGCUACAGAAGUUGUGCAAUUUGAGCACAGAGCAGUAAUUCGGCCACAUUUCUCGAACCGCCGCAUAGGGGCCCUUGUACCGUGAUGUGUUUGUAAGGUGACAGUUCUUGACAGUUUCUUCUACUUGGCCUUGGAGGUAGAAGCUCUGUCCUUCCUCCUUUACACACUGUAGCUGUCAGUGAUGAGGCGUUAGUUUGUUUAGCUAAAAGUAGAGCCAGCAGUGGUAUACUCUGAUUUUAACACCUUUACUUUUGUGGCUGUGAAAAAAGACAAGCCCCAUACCCUAUUGUUCCACACGACCUGCCCUACACAUUCCACACUUGUUAGAGGACUUCUCACAUAUAACAAAUAUGUGGUCUGGGUGUGUCAUCACCACACAUGUGUACCCUGCCCUCUGCACUCUCGCUCUCACUCUGUCUGACUGGUUUCUUCUACCCACCCAGCAUGUGGCUACCAGUUCUGGUUUUACAACUUUCCUUCUUUCUCCUCUUUCUCUUGGACUCUAAUUUGCAUGAUAAUUUUUUCAGAAAGAAGUUGUUGUAAAUGAUUAUUGUUUUA